UUUUUUCAUUUUUAUUCUUUCCGAAAAAAAAAUUGUUUGGGUCGCACAAUACCAUUUAUGCUUGAGUAUGUCGUAUGUGUUAAUGUGAUAUCUGAUAUCAUGGAAAUAGGGUUAAGAAAACCAUUCAAGCCAAUAUUCCAAGCAUCUAGGUCAACAGCGGGACCGUUAACUCAAUGGAUAGCAACAAGUGUAGCUCUUUUUUAUUUAGUGAUGACAGAAUCAGUAUCAGCUUUCUCUCUGGGCACGUCAGAUACUCAGGAGAAGAUGGAGAACUCGGAUCUGCUGUCAGAGGACAUUGCGUAUUGGUUAGAGCUGGACGACCAUUUCAUCCAACCAGGGAACAUCUUGUUGUCACGUGCUCGGCGAGACGCUUCGAAUACCACAGGUGACCUGAGCAUUUGGGAGAAGAUCGAGGAGUUCUACUCCGACAAAAACAACAUGGCCAUGUACUGCGUCCUUCCCAUCCUGGUCUUCAUCUACGGAGGCUGCAGCGCCAUCUACUGUAUCCACAAGUGCAGACUAUAUAUGCGCAGAAGGAAACACAAAAGACUCAAGGAGGAGGAUUGCGACUCGCUGACAUCAGACAAAAAUGACCUCAACGAUGAUUCUAAGACUGUGGGCGCAGCAGAGCGAGACAGACCAAUCAGUCAAAUUAGUCAAGCUUGGGUGGACAUGAAUAUGGACCCUAAGGGCAAGUGGUCAGGUCAGGCCCCGGUACAGCCCGACAGCGGCCAGUCUCCAUUGCCGUGGCAGAUCCCGGACAAAAUGGAGACCUCGUAUGAGCAGAAGAGUUCUUCUCGAGGUGCUGCAGCAGGUCUGGACGAUGCUCUCAAAGAAGAAGACAUACUCGUAGAGAGUGGAAGGAGAAGCCAAACAAAUUUCUCCCGGCGUGGUGCUAAUGACGCCCUGGAGGACAAAUUAGCUCGUCGCGACCAAAGCAAAACCAUGCUGAUGACGUCCACUAUCAAUGAAAAUCAAAAAUAUGCAGAGGGUCAGGAAAUGAAACAAUUCGGUGCAAUUAAAGAACAAAAAACUCGUCCACCGGUCAUCAGAGCAGCUGAGGCAAAAUCUUUUGAAGACUCAAGAGUGCAUGCCAACCUGGAAGACUACUCCAGCAACAAAUCCACGGCGAUCAAAGCUACGGACUUUUCUAGAUUCUCUGACUCCAGGCCAAUAGAAAUUGUACCAUUGAGCGCUGACCCACAUCUCAGGGGAUGGGACCCACUACAUAACCGACCUUACACAGACCAAGGUUUAAAAUACUCACCACUAGGAGCAGAAGGCGGCACUCACGAAACUCGCAGCGCAUCUCAGAAUAUUAAAGAAGAAAUGUUAGCCAGGUAUGAUGCCCUGUCAGCGUUCCAGAUGGCUAAGAAAGCAGCGGAAAUACUCAAAGUGAACGCUGUGGAGAAAACACCUUACGAACGAAAACCCACUAAAAAGAAACACAUCUUCAUUGCAGAGUAAUCCACCCUUGAAUUGAAACGCCAUUCGUAGCUUGCUUUGCAUAGAAACACCAGAGUUGAAACGAAGAGAUAAAAACACACACACACAAACAAUAUUUAUACUCCCACACUAACGGGUUAUACAUCUUUCCCAACAACAAUGGAAAUCUGCCAAAAUUGAUGUUUUCUUUUUAAGCUUCAUUAAUGAAUUGCAAGAUGGAUUACGUUGUAUUGUGAUUUCACCGUUGUUCACGUUUACCGCUUUGAACGACCGGUUAUAAACUGUAUUUUGAUCUUGAUACAUAAUUAAUUGUAAUAAAUUUACAUUUUUUCAAAGAAAAAACAACAACACCAUAUUACUGAUACAAAUAAACAAUGAAUUCAAUAAAUAGCAUAUCACUGAAAACUGUGCCAGGGGGAGACAUCGAGUUAAAUAAAUGUUCUAUAAUAGGCCCAUAAAACUAUAUACAACCCAAGAAAGUUAAAAUAAAACAAACAAUUUUCGAGCUAUGGGUUAUGAAUUGAAAAACUACAUAUAAGUUACAUAAUUGUAGAAGUAAAUGCUAGAGGUUUUGGUAAGAUAAAGAAAGGGCAGUACACGGAAAAUACGAUAAAAGUAUUUAAUUUAAUUCUUUGUAUAACGUAAUUAUUAUAAGACAUUGUUUUCCAAACUGUGUUUCGCGGAACCAUAAUGUUCCGCGUUGCCUGAAUAGGUGUUCCGCUAAAUACCUAGAAUGUACGAAGUGUUCCGAUAAGGGAGAAGCUUGGAAUAACUUGAUUUUAAGUUAUGUGGGGAAAUGCAUUAUUUAUAAUCUACUCAAAGCUCUACACCGCUGUUAGUUUUACCCAGCGAAAUAUUAGGUUUUGACUAAAAUACCUCUAUUCAACUCGUAACUUCGUGGAACACAUCUCGAAAACGGCUCUAACCAUUUUCGUUGAAAUUUGAUAUUUUUGUAUAUCGUUGGGAAAAGAAUUACUAGCUCGUUGGCCACACUGAAAAAAAAAAACCUCCAGCUUAAUGGUUAUAAUUUUUCGACAUAUUAAAAGAAAGAAAUUUAAAUUUGUCUAGAGAACUAGAAAAUAUUUCUCUUGAACAGACUAUACGUCUUCUGAUAUUUCAAUAUAAAGGCAUUAUUCACUCAAGUGUUUAUUAAAUUAAUGUUUAGAAACAUUUUGCGCAUCUCUUGUAAGUCUAGAAUUAAAGGUAUAUAAUUGGAAUAUUAUAAGGUCUAAAAGAUCUAUACAUUCACUUAACCAGGGAUCGAGGAGUCUUUCUCGAGGGGAGGAGGGGGGAAUGGGGCGGAUUUAACAAAUGUUUCAUAGUUUUUUCUCAUAUAAUAUUCAUUAGUUAUUGAGAGAAAAAUACUCGCUCUAUAAAUUGUAAAAAAAAGGAGGUAGUGGUUUUGAAACAGAAUUUAAAAAAACAACGUCCAUCUUGUUUUGUAUUGAAGUAGAAGGUAAUAAAAGGGAGGUAAAUAAGUAAUUACUUUCAGAACAGAGCUCAGGGCUUUAAGAAAUGACGUUACGAAUAUUUAGACAUUUUUAAAACUGUAAAAGUGCUAUAGAUACAUUCAUGGGCGUAGCCAGGAUUUUUUUUCGGGGGGGGGGG